AUAAGUCUAUAUAAUCUGAGAAAUGCAUGACAAUUAGCCACUACAAAAAUAACAUUUCAAAUAGAAAAAAAAUGGAAAAUAUGGCACCGGGUUAUCGUUUCUACCCUACAGAAGAAGAGCUUAUUUCAUUCUAUCUUCACAAUAUGCUUGAAGGAGAUCAGAAAAAAUAUAUGAUUUGUAGUGUUAUACCGGUUGUUAAUAUAUACGAUUAUAAUCCAUCGCAACUCCCACAAAUUUCAGGAGAGGCUAGUAUGAGUGACAAGGAGCAAUGGUUCUUUUUCAUUCCAAGGCAAGAAAGUGAAGUGAGAGGAGGAAGGCCAAGACGUCUCACAACAACCGGGUAUUGGAAAGCCACCGGAUCUCCUAAUCAUGUUUAUUCUUCCGAUAAUCGCGUCAUUGGCAUGAAAAGAACUAUGGUUUUCUAUUGUGGAAGAGCUCCAAAUGGAAAGAAAACUGAUUGGAAAAUGAAUGAGUAUAAGGCCAUUCAAUUAGAUCACGAAGCAUCCUCUUCAAAUAAAUUAGAACCUAAGUUAAGGCAAGAAUUCAGUUUAUGCCGAGUGUACAAGAAAUCAAAGUGCUUGAGAGCAUUUGAUAGAAGACCAGCACCAAGGAGGGUUACACCACUUGUUCAAAAUGCUCAAGAGCACCAAAAGGAUUCAAUAUGCGAUAAUGAUGUUCAAAUGUUGAUGGGGAUAAGUGCAACAAGUUCACCAGAGAGUUCUUCCUCUAUAGAGCAUCAUGGCCAACCCUCACAAGAGGUAGGAGAGGCUAGCCAAAUGGAUAUUAGUGUUAAUUAUGAGCCUUUGUUGGAUUGGGAGAGUGUGAAUUGGUUCUUGGAAUCCGGGCAAUGAUAUACGAAAAAUUUAUAACUAUGUGCAUGUUUGGAAUAUUGGCGGUCGUAUUAUCAGAAUUACAGGAAGUCACGUAAUUUUGACAAAAAUUACAUUUAAGAGCUCCAACAGAAUAAAUAUCAACGUAAAUUUGUUAAAUCUAGCUACCGCCAACCCAAACAUAUAUACACUAUGUGAUGCGGAUGCACCGGUACAAACAAGCGGUGCAAGUGGAAUCGGCUGAAAUUAUUGAUUAUGUAAUUUUUUUUUCUUUUUUGACAACAUGAUUAUGUAGCUAUUUAAA